CAGCAUGAAAUCGGUUUCUCUGGGGCUUUUGAUAAUUUGCUCGUGUACAAUUGCUUUUGCAAAACCCCGGCCGGUGCUGGAAGGCAAUUCCAAAAGGAUGGCGGGAGAUUGUAAACCUGGACUCUGGUGUAAACGGAAAGUGGCAGAACAACGACUGCUGCCACGUACAUUGGAAGAAAUACUCGGAAGACGGGAGGAAAACGCUUCACUACUGGAAGGAAAUCAAAUGGUUUCGCAAGAAACCUCGUUCGCACUCCAAGAUGAGGAGGAAAGUGCCCUAAUCCCGGACGAAAAUCCCAUGACAUCGCGGGAAGAAGAACCCCCACACCAAGAGAAACUCCUCCGAGUCAAGAGGAAAAUUCCCCAAUAGUCAAUAAUGUGAAGUGUAAAUGAUGUACAUAAUAAAAAUAAUGGAUAUUAUUUAACAUUACUUAGUUUUAAUAAUUUAUGUAUGUAAUAUGAAUGUAAAUUGUCCUGUACAGAUAUUUAGUUAAUUUUAAAAGUCCAG